AUGUCUAAGUUACUCGCCAGUGUGGAAGGCGAAUACGCAAAGUUCUACCGUCAAUUUGAGGAAGAUGAACAACCGAGAAGGCUCACCCACAUAGAGAAAUGUCUGGAAGACACACAAGAGUUCAAAUUACAAUUGAAGAAACUUAGAGCACAUUUAAAUAAAUACAUUAAUGAUUGUGAGGAGGGGCACAUUGAAGAUCAGAAAAAGUCGCAGAAAAAGAAGGACUUGAUUGUAGAUAAAAUAAACAGGAGUCAUAAGCAGUUCGAGCAUUCAAUAAGAAAAAGCCAUAAGUUACAACAAUCAGCUCUGACUGGAUAUCAUAAGCAUUUUCUAAAUAGACUUACAAAGAUUGAGAUAGAUCAGAUUUAUCUUAACAAGUUACCAGAAGAUGCUCAUAGUUACGUCAAGGAAGCCAUAGGAUAUCAUAUUUGCCGGUAUCAUAUGAAAUCUUUACCAGUUAUGGAUAGUAAGGAUGUAUUAAUAAAUUAUCUUGAGAGUCUAUAUGGUGUCAGUCCGCAAAUGUCAGAUAAGUUUAUUGAUAUGGGUGAAGUCAUACAAAACAUCCAAACCCAGAGUACUCACAGAUGUUUGGAUUGGAUAAAUCAUGUAAGUGAGGAUCAAAUUUAUUCAGAGACGAUUUCGAAAGAGGGAUUAACGACCUUGAAAGAUCUGCAGUUCCAGUUAUAUAUUCUUGAGUUUUUAAAGGUUUUAAGAGAAGGAGAUGCAUUACAAUCUUUCAAAUACAUUACCAAUGUUCUGCCCAGAGGAAACUUUAACGACAAAGCAAACGACAUAAUACAAAAAAUAGCUCCACUUUUGACUAAAAGUGUAAUAGGUAAGCCAGUAGCUGAUAUUGACGCUAUUUUGAAAGAGCAGGUGGACAAAUGCGUGUCGAUUUUUACAAUGGAGUAUUGCGCAUAUUUGAAUCUCCCUCAUCACUCACCUCUAUUUCUGAUUGUCUUGAGUGGUAUAAUAUCUUUCCAGUUUUUCAUAAAAUAUAAAAAUAUCAGGAGUACAGCACAUGUGGGUUGGACCACUGAAGAUGAAUUACCAUUCGAUGUUAAGUUGCCUCCAUUUCUUUCUCACUUUCAUCCGAUAUUUAUAUGUCCUGUUCUCAAAGAAGAAACAACAGUUGAAAAUCCACCAUAUUCGCUGGCCUGCCAUCACAUUAUCUCAAAGAAGGCACUUGAUAGAUUGUCAAAGAAUGGUUCGCUCACAUUUAAAUGCCCUUAUUGUCCUGUGAAUACAUCUAUGGCAAACACUAGAAAGGUUAACUUUAUAAUGGUCUAG